UUUUAUCAUGUUCGUGGUUUUAGUUUUUGCUUUGGUAUUUAAUAAUACAUUUGGAACUAAAUUCACAAAACCAUGUGGUACUGAACCUGUUGAACCAAGUUGUGGCCAAAAUGAAGUGUAUAGUGACUGCAAAAGAGUAUGCCCACCGCAGACAUGUGAAAGUUUAGGUCGAGCAUACAUAUGUGAUGGACAGGGUGUACCACCAUGCGAACCAGGUUGCAAUUGUAUAGAUGGGCAUUAUAGAGACUCAAAUAAUGUUUGCGUACUUGAAAAGGAUUGUAAUCCAGAACUUUCAGAGCGAAAGUGUGGUAAAAAUGAAGUAUUCAGCACUUGCAAGAUAGAUUGCCCACCACAAUCUUGUGAGAGUAUCUACAGUUCGUAUAUAUGUGAUCCAGAUCGUAAAUGUACACCAGGUUGCGACUGCAUAGACGGUUAUCUCAGAGAUGCUAAUAAUACUUGCAUACAUAAUGAAAAAUGCCCACCAGAAAAAAAAGAAGUCCAUACUGAUUGCAAGAUUGUAUGUCCACCACAAACUUGCGUGGAACUGUAUAUAAAAAUCGCCUGCAUAAAAGACCCUCCAUGUGAAUCCGGUUGUGAUUGUGUUGAAGGCUAUCGACGAGAUGAGAACGGCAAAUGCAUACCAACUAACAAGUGCCCGGGAGUUUCUAAUACACUCUGUGGUUUAAAUGAGACUCGUGUUGAUUGUGCCUACCGGUGUCCCAGCCAAAAUUGUCCAGCAGAUGACAGUCUUAUACAAAUAGCUUGCAAGCCUGGAUGGCCAUGUUCUCCUGGAUGUGCGUGCAAAGACGGUUAUCGAAGAAUAAGUGAUGAUGAUGAUACUUGUGUUUUAGCUUCUGAUUGCCCUCGAGUAGAAUGCACCAGACCUAACGAAGUAUGGGAUUCUUGCUCUUCAGAUUGCCUAGAUAAGAAAUGUAAUGAUGAUCAACAAAGUAAUUGUGAAUCGUCAGGUUGCGUACCUACAUGUGUUUGUAAGAAAAAUUUCUGCAGAGAUUACGAUGAUAAUUGCGUCUCAACUAAACAUUGCGGUAACGGUUCUACCUCUACAUCUCAAUCGGCAUCACAUUCGAGCAGUUCUAUUUCAUCGUCUUCCUCCACCUCAUCAUCAAGUUCUUCUUCAUCGGCUUCGUCUUCAGGGUCAAGUAUAGCAUAUAAGUAAUUUUCCUAGUCUAUAUUACAAGUCUACAAUUAUGCUGCAUUACAAACAAAUGAAUAUUUUAAUGUAUGUACUUAUUAUUUAUUAUCAUAUUAAUUUUGUAUUCUUGGAUACAUACAUCCAUACACCGCGUUAUUUAUCGCUAUUUAUAUACUAGAUAUUAUUUAUGAAAAGAUCUGUCUAACAAAACAUAAUUCUAACGAUUGAUUCCAAUCGGCCAAAAAAUAUCCCAUGGAAAAAUAUACAAACAAAAAAAUAUAUAGAAAAAGGCACACGAUUCUUUUUUAUCACUCGAUUUUAGAUAUUUAUUUUAUUUAGUAUUGAGAAAUUCAAAAGUAUCUUAUUCCGUAUACCUACUAUAUUACAGACCGUGUGAAAACUUUUCGUUUGAAAGGGUAUAUCCUGCCAACUAAGCACUUUCAAAAUGUAUUCCAAACUGUUUGCGUGUGUAAGAUAGGAAUUUAAUCAGGGUUCGAUUUUCUGGUUCCAGGAAGCCGAUGAUUUAUUAGUUUCAAUCGGCUUAGCUCGUAAACCCACAACUUGAUGACUCCAACUUUGAAGGGCGUCCAUUAUUGUUAUUGGACUUUGCCAUUCAAAAUGUAGCAUUAUACAAGAAUCUUUGAAUUUAGCUUAGCUCAUCUUCGCGCGUUCCAGGUUUUAUUCAGGGCUAUGACGCCGCGAAGCCCAGGGUCAGCAUAAAAAUACAUCUUAAAAUUUUUAAGACCGGCCGUCUGCCUGACGUUAACCCUCCUUGAUAAUGCUAUUGUCCCUUAGUCGCCUCGUACGGCCGAUAUAGAGAGAUAUAGAGAUAAUUUAGUCUUAACUCAUGAUUAGUGUCAAAUCCUGGAAACUGUUACUUCAUUUUGAUCAAACACAUGAUGUUAAUUAAAUACCUUAAUCGAUUCGUUUGAGUUGUAGUUGAAACAUAUUGUAGGCUAUAUUGAUAAUGGUAUUAUUAAUUUACUAACACAAUUUACUGUUUGAUCUGGUCAUACACUAAGUAUAUACUUAGAAGCGUAAUUUUAUUGCAAAUAUUUAUUUAAAUUGUGUUAUUAAUAAACUGGAAAUGUAAAUUUGAAAAUAUAUAUCCUUAUCUUUUUCUUGUAAUCAACACCGAACCAGUAGGUUAAGAAAAAUGUUUUUAAUUAUCCUAAAAUAGUAAAUAUACCAGAUAUAAAGAAGUUUUAACAUUAUAUCUUAGGGAAUAUCUACAAUUUCUCUGGUCAAGCUAAUUAAUUAAUCUUUGGAAAUAUUUAACGACACCUCUUCAGUCCAUUCGCACAAUACCUAACUCAAAUUUUCGAAGUUGUUAAACUUUUAGCGCGUAGAACUAAACUUUACUGAAUCCUUAAACAUAAAGACAAUUCUCCACCCACCCACAAGCUAAAAUAUUCAUCUACCCCCAAACCUGCUUAUUGGUAUUAACCGAAAUCUUAUUUUUAAAAUAAUGCAUAUUAAUCACACAAGUACGCCAUAUUAUCUAGACAGGUGUGCAGGUCAAAGUCAACUACAAAGUUGACUGGUGCAACUCACGCAAAGAAUACUGUGAGCCUAAAUAAAGACUUCACUAAACCUUCGGAAGAUUCUUAAUUAAAACUAAUUUGUUAAACACAUGUGACAUAUCAGCGGAGAUAAUCCGAGCCGAAUCACACUGGUCUUACGAAUAGUCUUCUAAAAAAGUCCACGAUCUUGGUCGAUUGUGAGUGAUCCCUAUUUUAAUUCUGUCUCUUAUCUGAGCAUGUUCCCAGUUGCUUCCUCAGCCGUUGAGCGUCGAAGCCCAGGGUCCACUUUCCUACAUUUCGUCUCCACUUAGCACGGUCGUUGUCCCUGGUUUACAGACCAAUGUGUGCACCAGUGUGUGAUUUUUCAUUAUUAAAUACAUAAUAUCCUAAACUUGGAUUGCAUGUCUUACAUUCAGUAUAUUCUCAGCACAGUAAUGGAAUACCAGCCUAUAAUUGACAUUUUAAUAUUCGCCUGUCAGUUUGAAUCAAAUUUCGAAGUAAUCUUCGCAUUAUUUAAGUUUUCUUGUGAAUGUAAAAGAUUUAGUACCUGUCCGCUAAGAAAUUCAUAGAGUCAGACACAGGGGGAUCGUUCUAGCCGACAAACUUUUUUUCAUUUCUCUUUCACUUAUACUGACCUGUUAUACGAGAUUUUUAUUUUUUAUGGAACGGUGCUAAUAAUUUAUUUAUUAAAAUACCAAAGCAGGUUUACGUAGCUCAGCCAUUUUUUUAAUUAAAUUUUAUAGCAGAGAUUUAACGGUUGAACGCUACAAGGAGAGAUUUUUCACGUUAUUAUUACCAUGAUUAUAUCGAAUAUAAUAUAUAUUUCAUUAAAAAACGACAUAUAUCUUUUCACUAAUUGGCCGGGAACAAAAUAAAAUUAAUAAGUAUACUAUUUCUUCGCCCUCGUUAAAGUAUAUUAGAAAAAUGCUUUUUGACUCCACGAUCCGUGAUGUAACAAUACAUCACUGUCAUACAAGCUCCAUAUAAUAUUUUGUUUUUGACAUUAGAAAAAAGAAGAAGAUUUGACUAAUUGUUAGUCUGCCGCUGAUAAUACAAAAUGGCGUAAUUUGCAUUGUUGUGCGCAAGUUAAAUUUGACUGGAGCAACCGAUCCUAAAAUUAUUAUAAUAAAAAUAUAAACAGGAGAGCGGAUACAAAGCUCAGUCGCUCUAUAGCAGAGGAAGGAACCAAGAACGCCUUCAGAGGAGACAAAGAGUAAAGUUACGCAAUACUCACUUAUUUUCCUUGGCACGUUUCUUGAGAAUAAUCUUACUAUUCUAGAUAACGAAUAAUGCCCCGGAGACCCUGAGAGCAGACAUGAUGCGCCAAUCAAUCAAUCGAAACGAGCUGUCAAUAGUUUCGUCAAACUGAACAUUCAGAUAUAAAUGCUAUAAACUAUUCAGGCCAACUAAAAACUUUUACUGAACGAUUCAAAUGCAGCGCAGUUCAAUUUAGGAAUCUGAAAUGAAUCGCAUUAAUGUUAAAAAUCAACUUGAUUGUAUGAAUUUGUGUGGCAGAUCAGUUUAGAUUCUAAAAUCGUUAAUAUGUAAUCAAAUAUCGUUAAUAUGUAUUGAUUAGUAUGUCUGUCCAUCUAAGCAUUCCAAAUAAUUAUAACGUCAAAUUUUAACGAAAUAAAAAAAUUCUUAAAAUUGUAAAUCAUUUCGAAAUAACCACUUCUGAAAAGAAAUGUUUGAUAGAAACACAUUUAAAAUUAUCGAAAUUUAUAACAUUGAAAUUUUAUCAAAAACGGGGUGGACUGAUUUCCUAAUGAGAAAAAUUUCCUGGUCACCUGACGGUCAUAAAGUCCCUAGUUCACACAGCAAAGGGAGUUUGGAAACGAUUAUACAACCAAUACAGGGUGUUACAAAAUAACUGUAAAUAUACGAAGUGGUAAGACAUGCUACCAAAUGCUGUUGGGUAAACAAUAACUUUCACAUUUCUAAGGUAACAAAUUAUUUGUUAGACAAAUUUAAAAAUUCCCGACAUUCAAUAUUCAUUUCUUUACUUUGAUUUUUUUACUUUUUAAUAAGUAAGUAAUGAAACAAAUCCAAACGAUCUUGUCUGACAUUUCCUUAACCACCAUGAAAACGUAGUUCCUAACUACAUAAUUGGUUAGGAAAAAUGUUUUUCGUCCAACUGUAAUUGGCUUCGGCCAAUGUUUGUGUGUUCUUGGUUAUUUGUCUUAUUUUCUAUCUUUGUCCCCCCAUCAUCUAUCUCUGUCUAGGCAAGUUUUUCCGUUUGCUAAAUGAGUUACGGUUGGGUUGAUAAGUUUAUUGAUUGGAUGAUAAUCAAAAAUGGAGCGGCAUUUAAUAGAGUGAAUCAAAAGGCCAAGGUCAAUUAGAAUUUUUAUCUUCAAACAAAUACAUUAUUAUAAGAUUUUUCA